GGCCUGUGGCGGUGAACAUGACACCUAACCAAGGUAGGUACCUUGGUAGGUAGGUAGCAGUUCCCAGGUAAAGCAUCAGGAGCCAAUUUGGCAGACCUACAUAGCUAGGUAGGUAGGGAGGAAAAGCGAACGAGGCAUCCCACGUGUGCUGACUCGCCUGCUUUGUACCUCAUCCGUCUCAAAAGGCAACGCAAGAUGUUUCGGGCACAAUCCAUUCCACUGAGGGGGCUCGUAUCCAAAUCCAGGCCGCCGAACCGAUCGUACAGCAUGCAAAAUGGUGGUGUUCACGUACAGCGCCUGCGUUUGCGCUCUUUGGGCCCAAUAAUCUGGAGCAUCGGUGCCUGCAGCGCCAUCUAUCUCUCGUGUGCGUCGUAUGAUGUCUAUCGCGAUGUGCAACGCGUCAAAGCUCGCGGGAAAGCCUUGGAAUCGUUCGAGGAGCUGGAAAAUUCCGGCCGACCAUCAACUUUUGAGCGAUCCGAGUUCUCCCUUCCCAACCAUGCUUAUGAUCCCUAUUCGCUCACCACGCGCGUCAUGGGCCUGACCGCAGCCGCUCAUAUCUCAUACAGCACUCAACCCUUGAUGACGACUUAUUUCGAACAUGUGCCUGCCUCUAGCCGCAACUUCACCCUGCUCACGUCGACUUUCGGACAUACAGGGCUGCUACAUCUAGGCGUCAAUCUUUAUGGCAUGUUCUACCUCAUGCCCCAUGCAUCGACCGCGCCAGUGCUGAAGGGAGGUGAUGCCCAUCUUACGGCGUUCUAUCUCUCUGCUGGAAUCAUGAGCGGACUUGCACAGCACCUAAGUGCAGUGUGGUUGAGACGUGGCUACUUGGCGCCAUCUUUGGGUGCUAGUGGUGUACUUUUCGCUUUGCUCGGUAUUGUCGGCGUGUCGUUCCCCAGUACCCAAGUCGGCAUAAUCCUCCUCCCCGGUUCAAUUAGGAUUGACGAGGCAAUGGUGUGGAUUGCUCUUUUUGAUGCGGUUGGAAUUUUUGUGAGGUAUCCUGGGUUGUAUUUCGCACACGCGUCCCACCUAGGUGGCCUCGGUUUAGGAGUAGCAUAUGCGAAAUAUGGUGGUGAUCGGAGAAUUUGGCGCCCAGCUCGUAAGCUUGGGUUCCAAGCGAUGCGUGCUUUGGGUCUGCUCUGAGAUGAACUUGCAUAGUUGACAGAGUUGCGGGUGACUUUAACCUCGACAAACCAGCAUUGCAGGCAAAAGGCCGGUACCAGUUCACCCAUAUUGCUCAGUCCUAUUCUCUAUUAGCUGGCGAAGUGGAAGAC